UUUUCCAAACAUCCGAAUGGUUUGGGGAAAGACUUCACAUUCCACUUGAGAGGCACUAUGGAAUCAGACAGAGGGUCAGAAGAUCUGGAUUUGAGUUCAGACUUAGCUAUUAACUAGCUGUGUGGCCUGGGGAAUUCUCAGGCUUUCUCAGGAUCCUUAUCUGAAGAGUGGGCACAAUAGCACUCCUUUCUACAGGUGUUGUAUGAAGCAUGGUACUCCCUCCAGUUUGUCAGCAUAGGAUAAGGCUCCUCUUGGGAGGAAUGAGGAUGAAAGACAGACACUGGGCAAACUCCAGGCUCUGUUUUUGCAGAGUCUGCCCACAGGUAGUCUUCCAUUAUCUCUAUCCUCCCCAGCUUCCACUCCUGCACAGAUGUUAGUUGCUGUUGCUGAGCUGAUUGGGUUUAAAGUCUUUUCCUUAUCUUUUCCUCUGACAGACAGGAGCUAGCUAUGUGACAGCAGUGUGCCUAUGCAGACGGAGGGAGCAGCGACCAGAGGUCAGGUGUCCUCACCAUGGCCUACACUCUGUCCCUGGCCAAACUCAAGGAAUGGCUCCGGAUCCACAACCUCCUGGUCCGGCAGUGCCUGGCAGAGUUUCUAGGUGUGUUUGUGCUCAUGCUCUUCACCCAGGGGUCUGUGGCCCAGGCAGUAACCAGUGGAGAAACUAGAGGCAACUUCUUCACCAUGUUUCUGGCUGGCGCUCUGGGCGUUAUACUAGCCAUCUACAUUGGUGGUAAUGUCUCAGGGGGCCACCUGAAUCCAGCCUUCUCCCUGGCCAUGUGUCUUUUGGGAUGCUUCCCCUGGGCCAAGUUUCCCAUUUACUCCUUGGUGCAGUUGGUGUCUGCUUUCUGUGCCUCUGCAGCCACCUAUGCACUCUAUUACGAUGCCCUACAGAACUAUACAGGUGGGAACCUGACAGUGACUGGUCCCAAGGAGACAGCCUUCAUCUUUACCACCUAUCCUGCCCCUUAUCUAUCCUUGAGCAAUGGCAUCCUGGAUCAGGUUCUGGGCACCUGGUUGCUGAUGGUGGGGAUCUCAGCUAUCCUGGACACACAGAACAAGGGAGUGCCUGCAGGUCUGGAGCCUGUGGUAGUGGGGUUGCUGAUCCUGGCCAUUGGGCUAUCCAUGGGUGUCAACUGUGGGUACCCGAUGAACCCUGCCCGGGACCUGGGCCCACGGCUCUUCACCUAUUUGGCCGGCUGGGGUCCUGAAGUCUUCAGCGCUGGUAAUGGUUGGUGGUGGGUGCCUGUGGUGUGUCCUCUGGUGGGGGCCGCUCUUGGCACAGCCACAUAUCAGCUGCUGGUGGCUCUGCACCAUACUGAGGACUCAGAAACAGCUCAGGAAGUAAACUGUGCCCAACCUGAAGUCUCAGCCUGAGAAAGUCCUGCUGCAACUCAGAUGUGGAUGAGUUUUCAGAUCCCAGGACUUCCAGGAACGUGGUUCCUCAAAGUAGCCGCAAGAGGUUCUCCUAACCUCAGCGCCGUCCGCCUUGAUGCUCACUGGGGCACCUCGCCUAGAUUCAGCCACCCCCAGACAGUAGUUAGGAGUGGGCGAACAGCCUCCACCAAGGGGGCGUGGUGGUACGGGGAGAAGGAACACAGCCGCCAGUGGAACACAGCCAUUCAAGCGCCUAGAGUCUGGGGGAGCUAG